GACGGUUUGUCUUGUACUGGCACAAAAUAGAGACCGAUUGGGGGACAUUCUUGAAGAGGAAAAGUUUUUCAUUUAUGCAAGUUCACUGAAAGUCAAGAAUCUCUGCAAAGUAAAAUGUUGACAAGAGGGUAAGGGCACGAGCGCCAUGCUAAUAACCUUUUUUAAAGUGCAACUAACCCCCAAAAAUGUUUUUUUUCUGCAAAGUCCUCUUAUCUUCCAUUGGCCCCCAUAAAAUCUUUCAUUGAAAACUGGACGAAUGAAACUAAGUGGUGCCUUGACGACUAUUUCUAUUAAGGACAUUAACAGACAUCUUAUUAAUACAAUUUACUUCUCAAGGGACCAAUUAGUAAGCUGGUUGCUAACCUCUAAAGGUAAUACUGCACUUUUAUCCGAUUAAAACAAAUUAGCACUUUCAAUUAAGCUUAAGCUUAGAACGUGAGGAUUAAAUAUAUCAUAGCGGUGACCAGCAAAAAUGAAAGUCGGGCUUUGUUUUUGCCAAGGAAAGAAUGACAAUGUGUUUUAGAUGCAAAUUUUGUUUGACUUCAAUGCACUAACAUUACUAUGGCUUCUAAAAAUAUACUUCUGCUGCACAAUUUGCAAUGACAACUUAUUUUUAAACACAAUCGUUGGUAUGGGAGCUACACUGAAGACUAUUCAUUUAUAGUUAAACAUUCUUCGAAUCAUUAAUUUGCAGUUCUUUAAUUCACUUGUCAUGGAAUUUUAAUAAUGUCAGGUAAGUUUUGUGUGUUCUUUUUGCUUCAUAACACAUACUAUUUAACUGUUAAAAGGACUGUCAUAGCAGUUAGUCAAAUAGUUGUUAUUAUUGCAAUUUUUGCUUGUCAGGGGUCGGGGACUAUGAGAAUGAACAUUUAAGUUACCGAAAUUGAGAGCAUGAGCAGCUUCAAACACCCCAAUAUUACAGUCUGCUUAAUCUUAGUUCAAAUUGUCCACCUUUGUUUUCUUUUGUAUUUGCUAUGUUAAUGAAAUAUUUAUGUCUUCAUUCUUUUAAGUAGCUAUUUUUUUCCUCCUCAGUGAAUUAUAAGCAUGACAGUAACUAAGACAGAGAGAAAAAAAUAUCCUUAUUGUCAUAUCUCUCUCAUUCACCACUGAACUAAACUUUUCCUUUGAUGAAAAUUGUUCCAUAAACUUGUAGCUCCUGAAAGACCUGCCCCCCCUAUUGUUGGUAAGGUGACAGCUAACAGUAUUGAACUAUACUGGGACCAAGCAGUAACCACUGAAGACGUGUCAGGGGGAAGACUUCGAUAUUGUAUUCAGGAAGAAGAAGACGAUACUAGGAAAGGAUUUGGGAAUGUCUACAAGUGAGUACAUUUGUGCUGGGGAGUUAACCCAUUCGUUCCUGGAGAUUUUGCCGAAAAACGCGUUUUGAAGCUAGUCGAGUGGUUUUCUGGUCACUGUCGUGCUAUAAAGAGCUAAAACUUACCACAAACCGGUUUACAGGUACACUUACACGGCCUUCUGAUCCAGAUGCAAAAUAUCAGCUUGCGAAGUUCGGGCAUGGGCAGAGAGCAAAAUUUCGAGAUUUUGAUUUUUGGGUUUAAAAGUGACACAGCAGUCUUGACUUUUACUUUUCGCUUUCUCUCCUCCCCUCUUUUUUCGCUUUUCUUGCCUCAUUUUUUUUUUCUCUUGCUGGGCAUUUAGUAGGCUUCAUUUUGGUGGGAAUAGUUUUUAGGAAAGCUUUUAGGAUCUUAGGAUAAGGUAAGAGGAAAGGUAGGUGAGCAUUGGAACAAGAUUUUCAUGGAGAUUUUCAGGUCAAUGUUACAUGGUUUUUAGCCUCUUUCUCCGGUGUCCUUGACUGAAUUGUGCUCAUUCUGGUAUGGUUUGAAAGAUCUCUUCACUCUGCACAAGUUAGCGGACAAAGUAGUUUUAUUCUCAAUUUCCUUUGUUUUCAAGGGCUAGGAGACAUUAGAAAUUGAGAAUCAACCUAGGUUAAAUCAAAAUUAACCUGAAAUAAAAUUUGACCUAUAACACUGACACUUGAUCAUCCUGAUGGAAAGUUGUUGUAUAAAAAUUAAUGUUUUUUUUUUUCAUGACCUAUGUUUCAGUGGCUAUGCCAAGAGCAAUAUUUUCAGAGGUUUGGAGCAA